AGGAAGUGAGGUCCCAAGGAAAAUAAUCGCCCCGAAAAUGGCAGCGCUCAGCCGUAAAUGGGACCCGUUAUUUGUUUUGGUCCUUGGUAGUUUAGUCUUUUCUUGUAAAGGUGACGUUCUUAAGACGUCAAACGAUCGCACAGAAUCAAUUAGCGCCACCAAAAUUGAAGAGAGCAGUCCACAAGCCGCGGAUCUCGGUGAUUUACGGCAGUCCGAUGAGGCUGAGAGCAAUGAAGACCGCAAAGCCUUCACACCGCCGCCCCCGAACGACCAGUUUCAGGAGGAGAUGGUGAUACGUCCGCUUUAUUCGGGGGACAUCUAUGCAAGUUUCCAGUUUCGGACACAGUGGGACACGGAUUUCCUGCACGACGGAAAGAAAGCAGUGUCGCACUAUCGGCUUUUCCCGAAGUCUUUGGGCCAGGUGCUGUCUAAGUUCUCCGUAAGGGAGCUACACAUCUCCUUUACACAGGGCUACUGGCGGACCAUGCAGUGGGGACAGCCCUUCAUCCCUUCACCUCCCGGCGCCGAGCUCUGGGUGUGGUUCCAUCAUACCGUCACAGAUGUGGAUGGGAACUGGAAAGAGCUUACUAAUGUUUUGUCAGGCAUCUUCUGUGCUUCUCUUAAUUUCAUCGACUCAACCAACACAGUGGAGCCUAGCGCCUCUUUUAAACCCCUGGGACUGGGAAAUGCUACCGAUCAUCGUUUCCUACGCUAUGCUACCCUGCCACGUGAAAUCGUCUGUACGGAGAAUCUGACCCCUUGGAAGAAGCUUCUUCCCUGUGGCUCCAAGGCUGGUCUCGCCGUGCUGAUGAAGUCAGAGAAGCUGUUCCACAGCAGUUUCCAUUCGCAGGCUGUGCACAUCAGACCCGUUUGUAAGGAUUGGCAGUGUACGAGCACAGCAUGGGAACUAAGACAGACUCUGAAUGUGGUGUUUGACCUCUACACGUCUGGACAAGGAAAAAAGGAGUGGUCCCUGUUCAAGAUGUUCUCUCGCACCUUGACCGAGGCCUGCCCUCUAGCAUCUUCAAGCAAAAUCUAUGUGGAUGUCACAGACAACCCAGGGGGGGAGCUGUUUGACCUGAGCCCAUCCAGCCCUCUCAUCAGCACGGCUGUGGUGCUGGGAGACCGCCGAACAUAUUCGGUGUAUGAUCUGACCAAAAAAGAGACAUUUGGCCAGCUUCGCUCACUCAAUCUCCUACUGCGCUGGAAAGGGGAAAGCGACGACAUGCUGCGUCCCCCGCUUCAUGCCGAGCGCUACGUGUCAGGCUUUGGACUGCAGAAGGGUGAGAUCCACACCUGCCUCUACAAUAGCCACCCAUAUCGGGCCUACCCCGUACUGCUGCUGGACUCACUGCCCUGGUACCUGCGGCUGUACGUCCAUACCCUGACUGUUACCAGCAAGACGCGUGAGAACAAGCCAAGUUAUAUUCACUACCAGCCUUCUAAAGACCGUCUGCGUCCCCAUCUCCUGGAGAUGCUGGUACAGUUGCCACCUCAUUCUGUCACUGAAGUGACGGUGCAGUUUGAGAGAGCUCUGCUCAAAUGGACAGAAUACACUCCGGACCCUAACCAUGGCUUCUACAUUGGAUCCUCUGUGAUUAGUGCUCUUGUGCCAAGCAUCGUCGCCAUGGACACCAACAGCACUCGGGACCGACCACUGUUCAGCAGCUUUUUCCCCACCAAAGAAGAGUCGAGCUAUUUCAUGCGGGUGUACACGGAGCCUCUGCUCGUCAACUUGCCCACGCCAGACUUCAGCAUGCCCUACAACGUGAUCUGCCUCACCUGCACUGUGGUGGCGGUCGGCUACGGCUCCUUCUACAACCUGCUGACGCGCACUUUCCAGGUGGACGAGCCGAGCGCACCGCUGGCUAAACGCCUGGCCAACAUCAUCCGCCGCUUAAGGGGAGUGCCCCUACUCUGAAGCAGUGGCCCACGGGCACACCAGACCAGUGCCAGACCCAUGGCACGGCGCCUCCUCAGGCAGCUAGGUGAACGUCAAUGGAAUGGAGACUGUGGGUGG